ACCAAAUAUCUCAAUUUACUCCACUUUUCUCCAUGUUAUUCUUAUUAUAUAAUUAUCUAUAUAUAUAUAUAUAACUUCCCCUCAUUUACUAAAACAUUUUUUUUGUUUUAUAAUUUUGCCACAAAGAAAAAAAAAUUAAGUGGUUUUGGAAUUGGAGAAAUCCUUAUGGGAAGACACUCUUGUUGUUACAAGCAGAAGCUAAGGAAAGGGCUUUGGUCACCUGAAGAAGAUGAAAAGCUCCUCAACUAUAUCACCAUUCAUGGCCAUGGCUGUUGGAGUUCUGUCCCUAAACUUGCAGGAUUACAAAGAUGUGGAAAGAGUUGUAGAUUGAGAUGGAUCAAUUACCUUAGGCCAGAUUUGAAGAGAGGCCCCUUCUCACAACAAGAAGAAGAUUUAAUCAUUGAACUCCAUUCAGUUCUAGGCAACAGAUGGUCACAAAUUGCUGCUCAAUUACCUGGAAGAACCGACAAUGAGAUAAAGAAUCUAUGGAAUUCGUGCAUUAAAAAGAAAUUGAAGCAAAAAGGCAUAGACCCCAACACUCACAAGCCUAUCAUAGAGCAAGAAAUUAUCAACAAUAGUGACAAUAAUGACAACAUUAUCACUUCCGAUGAUAAAAAAUGCCAUGAAAAAAAUUCUCCAGUUGAAGAAGUAGCUCCAACAAAUUCAACAACAACAAAAAAAUCCAUUGGAAGUUUCGACAUAUCAACUACUACUACUUCUUGUAGUUUCUCAAAUUUUCACCAGCUGAAUGACAGAUCGAAUCACAUGAGUUUCCCUAUAGUCCAAAACAAUAAUAAUAUUAAUGCCACCCCUUUUGAGGCCAUUUCAAAUUUUUUUUUCCCAUCUCCAAAUUCAUGUGUUGUAGCUCAUGUGAGGCCUUCUAUUAGUCUAAUUCCUUCUGAAAACAGUACUCCUUCUAUUGUAAGUUCUACUUCUGAAGUAGUAGUUCAUAACAACAAUAAUAAUGGCUUCUUGUGGCAUUCAGAUGAUCAGUUUCUUCAAACGGCCUCAGAUCUAAUGAGAAACGAUUGGCAUCAUCAUCAACUCAAUCACCGCCACACGACUCUCCAAGCUGAAAUGUUAGGGCAACAAACAUUCCCAUAAUUCUACAAUAUAUCACGGUAUUAUCUCAUUUUGGAUUCUAAACUUAAUUAGCUUUCCAUGACUUUGCUUCACUUAGGAGCCGAAUGGUCUCGUACCAAUGAAAAUGUGUUGUCUUUUACUUAUGUACAAUAGAUUUUUCUCUGAUUAUCACAUAUUCUUCACUUUCCCAAACAACCUCUUUAAUUAGUUAGGCUUUAAAGAUAUUUAUAUUAUGGAAGAGUAUAGUCAACAUGAACCACUUCUAGAAGUGUGUAAAGUAUCCUUAAAGAUAUGAAAUUUGUUGCUAUUUAUUAUUAUUAUGA